CUAUUUUAUGGGACUAAAAGUGCAAUUUUACGUAAUAAAAAAGUAAAAGCUAAUUAAGAUACUACUAAUAUUCCUCGCUAUGUCACCAUCUUAAUUCCCUCUGCUGCGGUUCAAUGGGAAGAAGAACCUGUUCCCUGUUAGCUUCAACCUUCAUACUAUGUUUCUUGAUGACUUCUUCACUUACUUCAUCCAAGAAUUUGAAUAUCACCACCGAUCAAACUUCGCUUCUCUCCUUGAAAUCCCGUCUCCACUUAGAACCAUCCCAUAUUCUGAGCCAAAACUGGUCUAUUCCCUCCGAUGUCUGCACCUGGAUCGGAGUUUCUUGCAGCCGUCGUCAUCAUAGGAUCACAGCCUUAAACAUUUCAGACAUGGGCCUAAAAGGGACCAUCCCUCCCCACCUAGGGAACCUGUCGUUCCUCGUCUCGAUUGACAUGAAAGGCAAUAGUUUCCAGGGAAACCUGCCUGUAGAGUUAGCUCAACUACGCCGUCUAAGGUUUCUUGAUCUCAGUUCCAACAACUUCACGGGACAUAUUCCGGCCUCCCUCGGUUUCCUGUCGAAAAUCCAGGGCCUGUCUCUUAGAAACAACAAUUUUUCAGGUUUCAUACCUGCGACCAUCUUCAAUCUGUCGAAGCUUGAGAUGUUGGACCUGUCAUUUAAUUCUUUGGGUGGGAAAUUACCUGAACAAAUCGGCAAGCUUCAAAACCUCAUGGUUUUGAGCAUUCAGAACAAUCAGCUGACAGGUUCUAUACCAUUUGAGCUUUACAAUGUUUCCAAAUUGGAGAUGUUGGCCCUGACAAGGAACAGAUUGUCUGGUGAACUUCCUGAUGACAUUUGCGGCCGUCUUCCGGGACUUCAGACCAUUUCUCUGUCCUGGAAUGCUCUGUCUGGGCGUAUUCCGGUUAGUUUUCCAGAAUGCCGACGCCUCACACUUCUGUCGUUGUCGAAUAAUGCAUUUGCUGGGCCGAUACCUAGGGAAAUCGGGAACGUCACGAUGCUUGAGACGCUCUAUCUUGGGGCAAACAACUUAACCGGUGAUGUUCCAGAAGAGAUUGGUAAUCUCCGUAGGCUGCAGCAAUUGGGUAUGGGGAAAAACAUAUUCUCCGGCUCCAUACCCCUUUCCAUAUUCAACAUUUCUUCACUGGUAUUACUUAAUUUAGCUUGGUCUGGCCUUUCUGGUACACUGCCCUCCCACAUGUGUUCUCAUCUCCCAAACCUUCAAUUCCUCAAUCUCUACAAUAAUUAUUUGUAUGGCCCUAUACCUUCAACUUGGGACGGCUGCUCAAGACUCCAGGAUUUAUCUCUCCGCGAUAACAAGUUCACUGGCUUCAUACCAAGAGAAAUCGGAAAUCUCACGAUGCUGAGAACGCUGCGUCUUUUCCAUAACAGGUUAACAGGGGAGAUACCGCGGGAGCUCGGUAAACUGCAACAACUAGAGCAACUCCAUCUUGCUGCGAACUUGUUAAAUGGUUCUAUACCAGAAGAGAUAGCCAACAUCUCAACAUUGACAUUACUGGCACUUACAGCGAAUCGACUUUCUGGUAGUCUUCCAAAAAGUAUAGGCAGUCGACUCCCUGAUCUGGAUUUAAUAUCUCUUGAAACUAAUCUUCUCAGUGGACAUAUACCUGACUCCAUUGCAAAUUCAUCCAAACUCACAUACAUAAACCUUGGAAAUAAUCAUUUCAGUGGUACAAUCCCCAGCAAACUUGGCAGUUUACGACUCCUUCAACGUCUAUUCGUGCAUGGAAACAAUUUGACAGGACUGAGCUUCAUCACUUCCCUAGCAAACUGCAGAUUCUUGACAGAUUUCUGGAUGCACAAUAAUCGUGCUGACGACUUUCUUCCGCCUUCCAUUGGAAACCUCUCCACAUCUUUGAGGGUCUUUCUUGCCUGGAAUAGUACAAUAAAGGGUAGCAUUCCUAAUGAAAUUUCAAACUUAACUAGUUUAGUAGAGCUAGAUUUGUCUAGCAAUGACUUGAGUGGUUUUCUGCCAUCUGGGCUCGGAAGUUUAGCUUUGCUUCAAGGACUGUCUCUUUCGGACAAUAGAAUAAGUGGUUCGAUACCAGCAGGCAUUUGUGAGUUGACCAACUUGGGAGAGUUGCGUUUAAGCAAUAAUCAAAUUUCAAGUCAAAUUCCAGGAUGCAUCGGCAAUGGCAUUUCUUUGAGACAGCUCUAUCUGGAUACCAACAGAUUAAGUUGGGGUAUACCAUCGAGUUUGUGGAGCCUCAAGAAUCUUUUAGAACUCAAUCUGUCUUCCAAUUUAUUGAAUGGUUCUCUGUCUCCACAAAUAGGAAAUUUGGAGGCAGCAGUAUUGAUAGAUUUGUCAUUCAAUCAAUUCACACAGAAUAUUCCAAUCACCGUUGGAGGGCUUAACAACUUGAUCAACUUCUCUCUGUCUCACAAUAGAUUGCUGGGAUCCAUACCCAACACGACUGGAAACAUGAUAAGUUUGGAAGUACUGGACCUUGCUCACAACAAUCUCUCUGGGUCGAUUCCCAAGUCCCUGGAGGCACUCAAACAUCUGGAAAUCUUUAAUGUUUCUUACAAUUCAUUGUCAGGUGAAAUUCCCCCUGGUGGUCCUUUCGUCAAUUUUACACGACAAUCGUUUAUGUUUAACGAAGCUUUAUGUGGACCUCGAAGAUUUGAAGUCCCACCAUGUCCAACACCAUCAUUUCGCAGGUCCAACAACAAAAUACUCCUUCUAGCUCUAACGAUACCAUUUGGUGUCUUGGGCAUUCUUGCUGCACUAAUCUUGGCAUUGAUAGUGAUCAAUUAUCGAAAGAAACGUAAGGUUCCGAUCAGGGGAGCUUCACUCCAAGGCGCAACACAUGGAAGAAUAUCAUACUAUGAACUUCUAAGAGCCACUGAUGGUUACAACGACAACAACUUGCUCGGUAGAGGGAGUUUUGGAGCCGUCUACAAAGGGAUUCUUGAAGAUGGUACGAUCUUGGCAGUCAAAGUGUUCAACUUAGAACAAGAAGCAGCAUUCAAGAGUUUCGAUGCAGAAUGUGAAGUGCUACGUAAUAUUCGCCACCGUAAUCUCACCAGAGUCAUCAGUAGUUGCUCUAACCAUGAAUUUAAGGCCUUAGUGCUGGAGUACAUGCCCAACGGCAGCCUAGAGAAGUGGCUGCACUCUGAUGACUAUUUCCUGGACACGACUCUUAGACUGAACAUAAUGAUAGAUGUGGCGUCUGCAUUGGAAUACCUUCAUCAUGGCCUUACAACAGCAGUGGUUCAUUGUGAUCUGAAGCCGAGCAACGUCUUGCUGGACGAAGAUAUGGUUGCUCAUUUGAGUGAUUUUGGUAUUGCCAAGUUGUUGGGGGAUGAUCAGAGCAUUUCUUACACCAACACCUUAGCCACAUUCGGUUAUAUUGCGCCAGAGUACGGAUCAGAGGGAAUAGUUUCAACAAAGUGUGACGUUUAUAGUUAUGGAAUAUUGUUAAUGGAGACAUUUUCAAGGAGAAAGCCCAGUGAUGAGAUGUUUGAUGAGGAGAUGAGCAUCAAGCGUUGGAUCUCCAAUUCUGUUGGAGAUGAUGGGAUUGUCGGAAUUGUGGAUUCCAAGUUAUUAAGCACUGAAGAUAGGUUUUACAAUGAGAAGCUAAGUUGCCUAUCAUCUCUCAUGGAAUUAGCACUCAAUUGCUGUGAAGAUAAUCCUGAAGAUAGACCUGGAAUGUCUCAUGUUUUAGCAGCAUUGAAGAAGAUCAAGCUUCAGUUUCUUGCCUACGGCGCACCAACGACGACGAGCAUUGUUCGGUAAUAGAUGUUCUUGGCAGUGAUACACCUAUUCUUGAAACUUCACAACAUUUGCCGACAGAAGAUCAAAUUAUAAACAAAGUAACAGGUGAACUCAUGCUCUGUUCAAGCUAUAUCUAGAAGCCAAAUAG